UUCUUUUGGAGAUUUUUUAUCUGUUGAAUUUUCUAAUCUGAGUGUGGUUGACAUUUGGACCCAUUUAUGUGACAUACGUCAAAGUCACAACACAACCUUAUCGUAAUUUCGGCGCGAAGUGGAAUUUAUAUUUUAUGUUAUUGUUUUAAUCCGAAUCCAAUAUAAUUGUAAUUGUGAUCAAAAGUACUGAUUUAUUGAGGUGUAGUCUCAAAGCUGCAAAAUUUCAAGCAUAAUGACCGUGGGAGAAACAGGAAAAAAUUUACCAUGGGUAGAAAAGUACAGGCCGUCAAAGUUAGAAGACUUGGUAUCACACGAUGAUAUAAUAAAGACAAUUGGUCAAUUUAUGAAAGAAAAUCAACUGCCACAUCUUUUAUUUUAUGGACCACCGGGUACAGGGAAGACAUCAACAAUUUUAGCUUGCGCCAGACAAAUGUAUACCCCACAGCAAUUUAAUUCUAUGGUACUUGAAUUAAAUGCAUCUGAUGAUAGAGGUAUAGGAAUUGUAAGAGGACAAAUUCUUAGCUUUGCUUCAACAAGAACCAUAUUCAAGGCGGGUCCCAAGUUAAUUAUAUUAGAUGAAGCUGAUGCAAUGACAAAUGAUGCACAAAAUGCUCUGAGAAGAAUAAUAGAGAAGUACACGGACAACGUGCGUUUCUGUAUAAUCUGCAACUAUCUCGGCAAGAUAAUACCGGCGCUGCAGUCGCGGUGCACUCGCUUCAGGUUCGCGCCGCUGCAGCACGCACAGAUCGUACCGAGGCUACGGGAUAUCGUUGAAAAGGAGAAUGUAAAAAUAUCAGAGGAUGGUAUCCAGGCGCUACUGGAGUUGUCUGGGGGCGACAUGCGCAAGGUGCUGAACACGCUGCAGAGCACGUGGCUGUCGGCGCGUGACGUCACCGAGGACACCGUCUACACGUGCGUGGGACACCCGCUGCGCGCGGACGUCGACACCGUGCUCACACGGCUCUUGAACGAGGACGACUUCGGGGUAUGCUUUAAAUUCAUUCAAGAUUUGAAAAUAUUAAAAGGGUUAGCACUUGGCGAUAUCUUAACAGAGAUACAUACAAAAAUUCAAAGGGUGAAAUUCCCGCCGGAGGUGCUGAUGUCGCUAGUGAUCAAGAUGGCGGAGAGCGAAGCGCGGCUGGCGAGCGGCUGUAGCGAGCGCAUCGAGCUGGCCGCGCUCAUCGCCGCCUUCCAUCUCGCCAGGCAACAGAUAGAUAUCGAUGCCAUAGCAAACUCUUGAUUGUUUUCACUUAAAUCAAUAAAUGUUUACUUUUUC